UCCGUGUUUACGCUGUCCUUCAUCGCUGCAUCUCAUCGGCGACCCAAAGAGCUCCACCUAUUGACAUUCUUUGGCAAUGGAAACUGUAUCCAGAACAGUUUUUGUAAAAAUAAAAAUAAACAUCGGGUUUUUCUUUUUCUUUUUCACUCGACAAAUACAAAGUACGGGUUUCUCAUGUAAACAAGUUAUCCGUGUUCUAUAAAGAGCUGGCCCUGACAAGAUCAACAUAUUUCCUCCCAUGCAGUUCUCCUUCGAGCCCAUGCGGUUGUCCCUAAAGGAUCUGAUCCUGUGCCCAAUUCGCCUAAAAUGGAUUUCUGCCGUCUCACGUCCCGACAUGAGGGUUUUGUUUUGUUAUAAAUUGGCUGAACUGAACCCUGGCCAACUUCUGACUACCUAGUCAUCUUCACUGAUUUCAGCUUAGGCUCAAUCUCUAUAUCCAACAUGGGUUUCAUAUUGCAAACCAGCGUCAUCUUCGCCGUCAUCUUUGCCGUGGCCUUGCAGCUUGUGCUCAAGGACCCUAAAGGCGAUGUGUCAUUCUGCUCCGUCUCGUCGGGAUGCAAACGCGUCUCCGAGCGCCACCGAUAUCCCAAUGGCCUCGUUCGUGGCCGCGACGGCCUCAUCUUCGUUCCGAGCGCUAUGGCGGGAGGCAUUCAGGUGUACAGAGUCCUUCCCGAAGAUGAAGGGCCGCAAAAAGUAGCGGAGAUACCUAUGCCAUACUCCAUUGACAACCUAUCAGUAGAUGGCAAGGGCGACAUCUAUGCGGCUGUGUUCCCGCGUGGUAUUGAGAUAUUGCAGGCGAUCAAGGAUCCCGCUGCGACAGUCGAGUAUGCAGUCGGCUGUCGGUGGCGUAGACAGAUGUCUGUCUUGAUCCCAGAUCCCAGAUUCCUGACCCACAGCGGUGAAGAGGAUCUGGAACUGAGGGAAGAAAGCCCCAAGGGCUGGGAAAUGCACUUACAAAUCAAGCCGAACUGUCUGCCCAUCGCCGACGGGCUUGGUCUUACGUACAGAGACCCGCAAAGGUGUACAGUAUUUUCAGUCCAUUUGCCGACGGCAUUAUUCCUGUUCGAUGCGACUGUCCAAGAGGACUUUGAGUCGGUGGCUUGUCGGCCUCGCUCUUUCGUGCUCAACGUCGUUCUCGGCAACUACAAGACACGCACGCUGCUAGUGUAUAAAUCGUGCGGCAGAGGCUCAUCGCCCAGCUGCUUCCGGCGAAAACCCGGGUUCGGUAGGACGACAGCAAGGAAAGAGUGGGGAUUCCGUCUCUUGGAACUGAAUCGCCGGGGGCCCGUUACCGAGGCCUCGUGGCGUUUCUCAGCACAUCAGAACUUUCCUCCGAUUUUAGAGUUGCUAUCCCUGGGCCCGCCACCAUCGGCACCUCGAAACUCAAUGGGAGGGACCCUAGUGGGACUCUCCAGAUGA